AUGGAUAGCCGCCCAACGGUAUAUGACCGUGAGAACCGGGUUGUGGGGCUGCCACUUUCGCUUCCUGAACUACUCACUGGCGCGGAGAAUAUGCCCGCCAGUGAGUGGUGUAAUUUCACCAUGAAGGCACCAUUCCAGUUUUCAAUCGCUUUAACCAACAAGAAGCUGAAGGGGUCAAUUCUGCAAUCACUGCUGGCGAGGCCCGGCUUGAACGAGCCUGUCAUCCGGCCCGGAUGGAGGGGCGACUGGGACGCCGGAAAGUUCUAUGCGAAAGUGAAUUCGCAACUGUCCAAUGUGGAAGCCUUGGUGAUGUAUUGCACUGGCAAAGUCAUUACUGACCCCGAGCACAUGUGCACCAUGUGCAGUGCUGGAAAAGGACCCUUCUCCUUCUGCGUGACAGCAGAAGGAAUUGAAGAAUGCGCGAGCUGCCACUGGGAUGGGCAAGCGGCCAGAUGCUCAUUCAAUAGCAAUCCCUUGCCCAGAAAGUCCCGGCGAAAUUCAAAGGUUUACACGGCCGAGGAGUUCCAAGCACUGGAGCAGGAUAUUGAGGAGAUUCGGGUUUUGGAGGAGAACGCAAGAGCAACUCAAAUCAAGUUGCGAAAGCUCUUGGAGGAACAUCUCCAUAAUUCCCUAAAAGCUGAUGACAUCAACCCUCAGUAUGAGGACCGCGAGCUCGGUGGGGACAGCAUGGCGACCCUGAUGGCGCAAUACCAUAAUGAACUCGCAGUGAAGUGGCUACGUCUUGAUAGAAAGAACGCCCUGGAGAGCAUCGAAGUCUCUGACCAAGCCGCGGAGGAGGUCUUUGAAGUGAUUACUCGGCUAAAGAAAAUCAUUUCCAAUCUUUGA